GGUGAUAACUAUCAAUCAAAUACAUACAUACAUACAUACAUAAAAUGGGUACCAAGAUCUAUUACAUAGUUAACAAAAUGUUUCCGGAAACAUUAUGCGAGUGUGGUGAAAAUGAUGAUAACAAUCAUCAUCAUCAUCAUCAUCAAAAUGACCAUGAUACAAUUGACAAAAAUAGUGAUAAUUUAAACAACAAUAAUAGUUUUGUUAACAAUUUAACAAAUAGUGAUAAUAAACAACAACAAAAUAAUUGCAAUAAUAAUAAUAAUAAUAUAUUAAAACAUCGAAAUAGUUGUUCAAAAAUUGAUAGCAAAACUGUUUUCAAUAAUAAUUAUAAACGUUUAAUGUCUCGGAGGCGGUCAUUGUUUAGGGAGCCGACACUAUCGAUACCGCGUAUAAUUACCGAAGAUUGUGACGCCGGACCCAAUAGUGCACCCGUUAUAAUGGCCGGAUCAGCUCAACAGCAGCAGCAGCGGUCACUGUCAUUGCAGACACCCGACGAACAUCUGGACGUUAUCGGCAGCGGCGGUAGUGGUGUUGGCAUCAAACAGCGUAUGCGAUCACUGAGCGGACCGUCGCAUCCGAUAUCACUGUCACCGCACGUCCGCCACUCGGCACUGAUAAGCGGUUUGUCUACAACACCGACGGGCAGCAGCGGUGGUGGCGUCAGUGGCCGACUGGCCAAUCGGCGGCAAAGCGAGGAUGAGUGCCAUCAGUAUGUCGGCCGACAGCGUAUCAGUCCGUCGUCCAGCAGUUUUCUGGACUCGUUUCGGCCGCGCAGUACAUCCGAUAGUCAUCGCAGCUCUAGUAGUGGCGGCGGCGGCGGCAAAAAGACAUCGUCAAUGAUAACUGUGCUCAAGAAUAACCUAUUGGGCGGCGGCGGCGGGGGUGGCGGUAGUGGUAAUAAUAAUAAUAACGGCAGCAAUAAUCAUAAACAAAGCUCAUGUCCGGUAACGCCCAACCAUUUCGAUCCGUUUCUAUUGGACAGUCCGUUCAGGGCUGACAGUGUCAGCGGUAGUGCUGGCCGUCCGCGUAGUCGUAGCGGUUCAAGUGGAUCGGCCGGUGCUGUCUCCCGUAUGAUGGAUAUAUUCAGAGGACGUUCCCAUUCCAUAGCUGCCGGUGCCGAGACUACUAAAGGCUCUAAGUUAUUUGGUUCAGGAGAGCCUAUCUGUGAUAGAUUUGAUUUCGAUGAAAUUGAAAACGAAAACUUAAUUUACGUAAAGUUUUUCAAAUUUUAUCGCUGCUAUGACCUGAUCCCAGUCAGUGCCAAAUUAGUCGUCUUUGACACACAACUGGUCGUCAAGAAAGCCUUCUUUGCCCUCCUAAGCAAUGGUGUCCGGGCGGCGCCCCUAUGGGAAAGUCAUAGGCAAGAGUUUGUCGGUAUGCUAACCAUAACCGACUUUAUAAACAUUUUGCGUACAUAUUAUAAGUCACCAUUGGUUAAGAUGGAGGAACUGGAGGAACAUAAACUGGAAACCUGGAGAAACGUCCUCAAAGAGUCAUCCACUGUUCAGCCACUAGUCAGCAUCGGUCCCGAUGAGAGUCUAUUCAAUGCAAUCAAACUGUUAAUACAUAAAAAGGUUCACCGAUUGCCGGUUAUUGAUUCAGAAACGGGAAAUGUAUUAUACAUACUGACACACAAACGAAUUUUGAAAUACCUAUUCCUAUACUAUUACAAUAGACUUCCAAUGCCAUCCUAUCUGAAUAAACAGCUCAAGGAGUUGAUGAUCGGCACCCAUGAAAACAUAGCGGUAACCACAAUGACAACACCGCUCAUACUAGUGUUGCACCAGUUUAUUGAACGUCGGGUUUCGGCACUGCCUGUCGUAGACAAACGAUCAAAAGUUGUCGACGUUUAUGCAAAGUUUGAUGUCAUUCAUUUAGCCGCUGAAAAGACGUACAACAAUCUGGAUAUUACAGUUAAAAAGGCGCUGGAGUUUCGGGAAAACUCUGAACGGGUAGUCAAAUGUACGCUCAACGAUACCUUGCAUCAGAUACUUGAACGUAUAGUUCAGGCAGAGGUGCACCGUAUAGUAGUAGUGGACAGCGAGGAUCAUGUAAUCGGUAUUAUAUCGCUGUCGGAUAUACUAUCGUUUCUGGUGUUGAGGCCAAUGGGUUUGGAGCGAACGGAUCCGAUGGCCGACAAACUGGUCGAAGAAACCAUCGAAGAAAUGGUUGACAGCGAACGAUCAGAUGAAACAACUACUGGUACUUCAAGUACUACUACUACUACUACCACAACAACAACAACUCAGGGAUACAGGUCGUCGUCAUCAUCAUUGUUGUCGUCGACCAGUGGUGUUAUUGGUGGACAGGGAUCUACUGGUGGUGGAGGUGUUGGUGUAGCUGUUUGUGGUUCAGCACGAGUAGGUGGACAACACUGAUAUAUAUUAGACAUACAUAUAUAUAUAUAUUGAAAACGGGUGAACAAUACUAAAGACAACCACAAAAUAUAUGACACUAUAAGAGACAGACAAACAUACGGACAGAUGGACAGACAGACAGACAGACAGACACAUUGCUAUACAAAACAAUGACAUUAUAAUGUGUUUCUCUCUCUCUCUCUCUCUCUCUCUCUGUGUUGUCGUUAUUAUUAUGUGUUUAAUAAUAAUAAUAAUUAACAAAAAAAUUUAACCACAAAAAAGACACACAAAUCUGAUAAUAAUAA